AACAAGGUUUAGUUGCUAUGUAGUACCUUGGUAAGAAGGAACUGUAGCUUGUCAUAUUCAUUGCCUGUAUAACUUAUGACUCUUACACAGUCAACGGUCUUAUCCUGCUUUGCUCUUUAUAGACUCCCGCCUGUCUUUUCCCACACAGCUGCUCUCUGACACUCCAACAUGACAGCAACAAGCUUUCUCUUAUCAUGCCUGCUUUUCAAAGAAGCUCUUGCUCUCACUGGGAGCUUUUGGCAUAUCACAGAUUUGCACUGGGACCCAACAUAUGAAGUGACGGAUAAACCGGAGCUGGUGUGUGCCUCGAGUGGCAAACGGCCCGCUCUGAGCGCCGGUGCAUUUGGAGACUAUGUUUGUGACUCACCAUGGCAACUGAUCAACUCCUCUGUGUAUGCUAUGAAGAGCAUUCUUCCAGACCCAGACUUCAUCAUCUGGACAGGAGAUGACACACCGCAUGUGCCAAAUGAGGAUCUAGGAGAGGAAGCUGUGAUGAACAUUAUCAGCAAUCUUACUCAUAUAAUAACUGAGGUUUUUCCACGCACCAAGGUGUAUUCAGCCCUUGGCAACCAUGAUUAUCAUCCAAAGAACCAGUUUCCUGCAGCCCCAAAUUUUAUCUACAACCGAACAGCAGAACUGUGGAAUCACUGGGUGGAUCUGCAAUCUCAGGAAACGUUUAAAAAAGGUGGAUACUACACUGAAAAGCUACUAAACCGAAAUGGUUACAGGAUGCUGGUCCUUAACACAAACCUAUACUAUGACCAGAACCAAGUGACCCAGAACAUGGAUGACCCAGCGGAUCAGUUUAGCUGGGCGGAUCAAAUUCUCACAGAGGCUGGCACCAACAAAGAGAAGGUGUACAUCAUUGGCCAUGUUCCUCCAGGAUUUUUUGAGAAGAAAAGAAAUAAGUCAUGGUUUUUGCCAAAGUUUAACCGGCGAUACUUGGAUUUAAUUGAAAAGCAUCACUCUGUCAUACUUGGACAGUUCUUUGGUCACCAUCAUACUGACAGCUUCCGCAUGUUCUACAAUAAAAAUCGGUUACCCAUCAGCACCAUGUUUCUCAGUCCAGGUGUCUCACCGUGGGAAACCACACUUCCUGGAGUUGUAAAUGGAGCCAACAACCCUGGGAUUCGUGUCUUUGAAUAUGACACAGAAACACUCUUAGUCAAAGACGUGGUGACAUAUUAUCUGAAUCUGACUCGUGCCAAUGUGGACAGAGGACGUUGGGAAAAAGAGUACCGCCUCACAGAGAGCUUCAGGGUACCUGAUGCCUCCCCGGCCUCCAUGCACCAAACCCUGGAGCUCAUGGCUAAGAAUCAGUGCUACCUGCAGAAGUAUUACGAGUUCAACUCUGUCAGCUACGACCUGACGGACUGCGACAGCGACUGCCGCGUCGACCACGUGUGCGCAGCAAGAGAGGUGGACCUCGACAGAUACGAAGACUGUUUGGUGAAAGAAGGAGCAGCCUCCAUUUUUAGUGGCUGGCAGCUGCUUCUUCCUACAGCUGUCAGCCUGGUGAUGGCCAGCUGGUAACAGUUGUAUAGUAAACAUAGUUUAAAAACUGAAAAGAUUGUUCCACUUUGUGUCUUUUAACUGCAAAAAUUCAGAUAAAAUCCUGACUUUUGUUAGAAAUGUUCUUUGUAGAUCAAACUUUAACCAUAAAUAAAUGUAAAUUUAACAAAUAAACUAAAUUAAAUCAAUAUUUUUGUACU